CCCCCCGUUCCCGGUGCGGCGUCCGUGCCCCGUUCCCCGCGGGCCCUGCGCUGUCGGGGCCGCUCCGGGAGCAGCCGCCUGAGCCCGGUGUUUGUUUGCUCACGGAAUUGGCAGCGGCUGCGGCCCGGGGGGGGUCACCGGGGGGUCCCCGCCUGGGCCCGGCGCUGACGUCCGUCCCCGGCCGCUGGCUGGUGGCCCCGGUGUCCCCAGGGAUGCCGUGUCCCCCCUGCAGCCCGGAGCCGGUGCCGGGCUUUGGGGGGACACGGGCGCCCCGUGUGCGUCACCGCGCGUUUGGGGGUGUCCGGGGCGGGGUAUAAAGCCGAGCCCGGCACAUCCCGGAGCGUCCAGGGGCGCCGGGGGACCGGCACCGGGAGCAUGGAGACCGCUCGGCUCUGCCUGCUCUGCCUGCUGGGCUCCGGCCUCAUCCUGCUCGGCACCCCCGAACCGGCACCGGAGCUCCGGCCCACCCCGAGCCUGCCCGGGCACGGCCGGGAGCUGGUGGGGGUGCUCCGGGAGGUCCUGGCCGAGCUGGGGACGCGGGAGCCGCCGGCGCUGCAGAAGAGGCUGAGCUGGGUGCCCUGGGUACGGCGGGGCGGGGGGGCGGCCCUGGCGGUUCGGGGGGGACCCCAAACCCCCCUUCGGCGGGGGUGCGGCCCCGGGGCUGACGGUGCCACCCGCAGUGCGAGCCCCGGGAGCCGUGCGCCGUGCGGCGCGGGGCGCGCUUCGGGAAGCUCUGCAGCUGCCCCCGCGGCACCUCCUGCAACCUCUUCAUCCUCAAGUGCUCCUGAGGGAGCGGGGACACCGGGGGACAGCGGGGGACACCAGCUGCCACCCGGGCCGGGCGGGGCGGGGAGGGGGAGCCGCGGGCCCCAGCCCCCUCCCCGCUCCGGGGUGGAUCCGCGCAGCGCCGGCCGUGCCCCGGGACGCAUUAAACCCUUGGAUCCACGCCUGCCGCCUGCUUUUUGGGGGAGUUUUGAAGUUCCCAGCCCCCGCUGCCGCUGGGCAGGGUCCUGAGGGGGGUGAGGGUCCCAUCCUGCCCCCCUCCCGUAUCGGGAAUUUGAGGCUGGGGCAGGAAUGAGGGACAGGGACAGGGAAUCUCAUCCCGCUGCGGGAGAGGGGAAGCGGGAAUGGGAGCGCUGCGGGGACGGGAAGGGAGCUGAGUCCUGGAUCUCCCGUGGUCACGGCACCGGGGGUUCCCGAGCGGCUGGAGGAGGGUGGAUGGAGGAUUCCCGGGAUUCGGGGGGCUCCUACAGCCCGGCCCGGCCGCAUCCAGAACCCCGCAUCCAGAAUUCCAAAUCCUCAUC